UGGUGGUGGUGGUGGAAAACGGAUUCGGGUAGACUUCAACAAUCGGAGCGCCAUUUUUCUUAGCUCGUUUUACGCCAGCCAAUAGACUCCUGCCACGUGGACAACAGACAAACACGCCAUUCACCUCAGACAAAAGCUCACGCCAUUCACCUCUGCUUCCUUCACGCCGAACCUCCACCGCCGCCACACAGAUCGCCGGAUCAGAACGAUUUCGAUGCAGUGCUUUUAUGAUCGGGGAUGGGAAACUUCUGACAAAUGCACAUUAUUGUGUUGAACAUGAUACACAGGGUGUAAUGGUACGGAGAAUUGAACCUACUUCUGAUGCACAUAGUGUCUUAAAGGAGGGGGACGUGAUUGUAAGCUUCGAUGAUGUUCAAGUAGGAUGUGAAGGAACAGUGCCAUUCAGAACAAAUGAGCGCAUUGCAUUUCGCUACCUCAUUAGCCAAAAGAUUCUCUCGUUCAGAUUUGCUUGACAUUAUUAGAGCAGGAAACUUUAUGAAAGUGCAAGUGGCUUUGAAUCCACGAGUUCAUUUGGUUCCCUAUCAUAUUGAUGGAGAUCAGCCUUCUUAUCUAAUAAUUGCCGGUUUUGUGUUUACCCCACUCUCGGAACCCCUGAUAGAUGAGGAGUGUGAAGACUCUAUAGGGUUGAAACUGCUGGCAAAGGCACAUUAUUCCUUGGCAAAGUUCAAAGGGGAGCAGAUUGUGGUCUUAUCACAGGUCUUGGCAAAUGAAGUGAACAUUGGAUAUGAGGAUAUGAGCAAUCAGCAAGUUUUGAAAUUCAAUGGAACUCGAAUAAAAAACAUCCGUCACCUAGCACAUCUUGUUGAUUCAGCAUGCAAGGAUAAAUAUCUAGUUUUUGAAUUUGAAGACAAUUAUGUUGCUGUUUUGGAAAGGGAAACAGCUAGUGCUGCUUCCUCUAGUAUUCUCAAAGGUUAUGGGAUUCCGUCAGAAAGAUCUUCCGAUCUGUUGGAGCCAUAUGUGGAUUCAUUGGGAGACAACCAAGCAAUAGAUCAGGAUUUUGGUGACAGCCCAGUUUCAAAUUUGCAAAUUGGCAUCGAUGCACUCCUCUGGGCAUAGUUACUGUAAGUUGAAAGGUCAAUCUCAUUUUUCUCAGCAGCCUCCAAAUUGGUUACUCGAGCAUAUUCUCUUUUUUCCUGCUUACAUGUUUUGUUUUUUCUAUUUUUUAUUUUUAUUUUUUUUUGGGGUUGGGGGUGUUAAUUAGCUUUGAUUGUAACAAUUUUCCUUAUUAUAUCGAUUAGGGAGAACAUAGUCUGUAUGAAAUUACUGCCAUUUUUCCAAGAAAGCAGUGAUGUAAUGAUUUACAAUAGUGUUCAAUGAUUAAUUAUUCAAUGUAAAAGGAAAUAAGAUGUUUUUCUGAUUCAAGUUU